CCGCAGGUCGCAGACCUCUGGAUUAGUGCUUUGACUGUUCCCUAGCUGGAGGAAGAGGAGGAGGAGGAACUGUUCAGCGGGGGGAAAAGUUGCCAUAUGACGGCACAGCGUUUGUUUUAGUGUCACCUUGUCACGACUUCCGGUUGUAAGACCAUUACCGUACCAGGAUCAUCAAAGAUGUUGUUGAGAUGUCUCCGAUUAUGGAAAAGGAGUCCGACGAGGAUGGGAUUCGAACCCACGCGUGCAGAGCACAAUGGAUUAGCAGUCCAUCGCCUUAACCACUCGGCCACCUCGUCCUAUACCCUAUAUACCAGUUCCUCAUCGUCAGUGUUAAACCUCAGACUAAAGAUGGUGGACUCCCAGUACUACCUCCCAAAUGAGAUUGGCAUAUCUGCUCUUGACUGCGGCGAGGCCUUCCGUUUGCUUUCACCUCAGGAGAAGAUGUACGCCCACUACCUGUCACGCGCCGCUUGGUAUGGUGGUCUGGCAGUGCUGCUGCAGACAUCCCCAGAGUCGGCAAAUAUCUUUGUCUUGCUGCAGAGAAUCUUCAGGAAGCAGACGCCUGCACAGCUGGAACAGGUCGCCACAGCAGCUGGACUCAGCUCCGAGGAGUACCAGGCACUCUUGGUGUAUGCAGCUGGUCUGUAUGCCAACAUGGGAAACUACAAGUCUUUCGGAGACACCAAGUUCAUCCCAAAUCUACCCAAGGAUAAGCUGAAAGCUCUGGUGAAGGCCAGCCAGGCAUUUCAGGACCAGCCCACUGAGAUGGAGGCUCUGUGGGACAGCUGCUCGUGUCCCCUCUACUCCCUGGAAGACAAACAGAAACAGCUGGGGCUGGGCGACAAGGGAAUUACCACCUACUUCUCAGCAAACUGCGGUCUGGAGGAUGCAGAGCUGGCUCAGAAGUUUCUUGACUCAAAAAAACUGUCGGCUUAUAACACCCGUCUGUUUAAGAGGGACAAUGGAGGUAAAGCCUGCUAUGAGGUGCGCCUGGCCUCGGCUGUGCAGAAAGACUGCGCAGUGGAGGGGGAAUGCGAGUCAUGCUGCGGCAGCUUCAACUUUGAAGACAAGGAGUUCACUGUGAAGAGGGGAGACUAUGCUCCUCUCAUGGAGAAAGUCUCUUCUAACCUCCAACAAGCACAGGCCUAUGCUGCCAAUGAGAACCAGAGGAAGAUGCUUGAAGAGUACAGUCGCAGCUUCACCUUUGGCUCAGUUGAAGCCCAUAAAGAGGGAUCGCGCUACUGGAUCAAAGACAAGGGACCAAUUGUUGAGAGUUAUAUAGGUUUCAUAGAGAGCUACAGAGACCCAUUUGGCUCCAGAGGAGAGUUUGAAGGUUUCAUUGCGGUCGUGAACAAGGCGAUGAGUGAGCGUUUUACCAAACUGGUGAGCUCAGCAGAAGUCUUGCUCCCCGAGCUGCCUUGGCCGAGGGAGUUUGAGAAGGACACUUUCCUUAAACCCGACUUCACCUCGCUGGAUGUCCUCACCUUCGCUGGCAGCGGAAUACCAGCUGGCAUCAACAUCCCCAACUAUGAUGACAUCAGACAGUCGGAGGGCUUUAAAAACGUGUCGCUAGGCAACGUGCUGGCUGUAGCCUAUGCUACAGAAAAAGAAAAACUCACCUUCCUGGAGGAGGAGGACAAGGACGUGUUUAUCAAGUGGAAGGGCCCGUCAUUCGAGGUGCAGGUUGGACUUCACGAGCUGUUGGGCCAUGGAAGUGGCAAGCUGUUUGUCCAGGAUGACAAGGGCAAAUUCAACUUUGACCAGAACAAGGUGACCAACCCAGAGACCGGAGAACGGGUGUCCAGUUGGUAUCAAGGCAGCGAGACGUGGGACAGUAAAUUCUCCACGAUUGCUUCGUCUUAUGAAGAAUGCCGCGCUGAGUGUGUUGGACUCUAUCUGUGUCUCAAGAAGCAAGUGCUCAGUAUUUUUGGCCACGAGGACCAGGAUGCGGAGGAUGUGGUGUACGUCAACUGGCUCAGCAUGGUCAGAGCUGGACUGUUGGGUCUGGAGUUCUACACAGCUGAGAGCAAGAGCUGGAGACAGGCUCACAUGCAGGCUCGUUUCGUGAUCCUGCGUGUUCUGCUGGAGGCCGGGGAGGGCCUGGUGGGCCUGGAGGAAGUGACGGGACAGGACGGCAAGCCUGACGCUCGAAUCACUCUGGACAGAAGCAAGAUCCACACCGUGGGCAAGAACGCCAUCCACAGGUUCCUCCGUAAACUGCAGGUCUUGAAGGCGACAGCAGACGUGGAAGGAGGCAGGGCUCUCUAUGACGGCUACUCCACUGUCAGCGACAGCGGUGCUCACAACUUCCUGCGUCUCCGGGAGACGGUACUGCUGAGGAAGGAAGCUCGCAAGAUGUUUGUCCAGGCCAACACCAGAGUCAAUGGGGACAGCAUAGAGCUGAUCGAAUACGAAGGCAGCGCGGCAGGUUUGAUCCGCUCCUUCACCGAGCGCUUCCAAGACGACGCAGAGCAGCUGGAGGCCGACCUUUUGGAGCUGUGCAAAAGCGACGCCCCCUGCUGGUGUUGAUGGAUGAUCUGCUCCAUAGGCUUCAAAAGUACCAACUGAAAUCAUUUUUUUUAUGUGAAAUCAAAUUAAUGGAUGUUAAAACACACAACACUGUAAAAUGAUCCUUUUUAGAAGACACUUCUGAAGAGACUAAAUUAAAGUUUCAUACAAUACAAUAAAGCCAUAAGACAAGAACAGAUCUGCCAAAGACACCAGCCACAGUUUUUCUAGCCACGACUCAGAUCUAACGUCAGGUGCUGUCUUUGAUAACACGAUCAAAUACAAAGAAAUGAGCUGAUAUGACAUCGUCGCUCUUUCAGAUGCAUUUAGGACACUUAGUUUUCUAAUGAGAAGUAUUGAGAACUGUCCAUUACACCGAUGCUGCCUGACAAUAAAAAUGGUUCCUGGGUAUAAACGAAAGUGACUGUAGGUAGAUUUCACUUUCUAACCUUGGCAAGAUCAGAAUUUGGCUUCAAAUCUUCAUAAAACGAUCAUUGUGACAUGUUUUGUCCGUACUCAAAAUUAUGUCCAUAAAUUGAUUUUUUACAGUCAACUUUUGGCUAAACACAGUUCCAUCUUUAGAGCUCCAUUAAGAUAAAUGUUUGUUCAGCCUUGGUGUUGAUGAUUUGAACGGUUAAGGUUGUUAACCAAAAUGCAAUGACGGCUUAAUAUUGACUGAAAGGUAAAAAUAAUGCUUACUUUUGACCAGUUUGGUAUAAAGAAGUCAUGACUGAUUACUUGACUGUAUAAAAUAUUGCUGUGUCUGGAAGGCCUAAAAAAAAAAAAAAGGCUCUACGUAAGAAAAGUGGUGUUGAAUCUGCACAAAUAAAAUUUGUUUGAUAAGA